AUGGAGAUCAGUUUUGCAAAAGAAAAGGUACUAGUGGAGGAGGGCCAAAUCGAGUGUUUUAUAAAUGAGAUUAUCACUCUUGCCCAUAUCAACCAUCAAAAUGUGAUCAAGUUCUUGGGCUGCUGUUUAGAGACUGAAGCUCCCAUUUUGGUUUAUGAAUUCACCUCUAACAGGACCCUUUUCGAUUACAUUCAUGAUUGGAAAAAUGGGAAAGUUGCAAUGCCACAUUGGGAUAUCCUUAUGGAGAUAGCAUCAGAAUCUGCAGCAGGUCUUGCUUAUUUGCAUUCUUCAUCAAUCAUUCAUGGAAAUGUCAAAUCUUCCAACAUUUUACUAACUGAUUGCUUGGUCAAAGUUGCUGGUUUUGGACCUCCAAGUUUAGUCCCUAGCAAUGAGUCCCAGAUAAGUACAUUGGUGCAGAGGACACUCGGUUAUCUGGACCCAGAGUAUUUCGUUACAGGCCAAUUGACAGAUAAGAGUGAUGUCUACAGCUUUGGAGUCGUUUUGGUAGAAAUUUUAACUGGAGAGAAGCCCAUAUCCUUUAAUAGACCAAAAAAUCAACGAAUCAUAACUUGUCAUUUCCUUUUGUCCAUGGAUCAACAAAAUGGCCUGUUUCAGAUUCUUGCUCCACAAGUUAAGGAAGAAAACAAAGAACAAGUCAGAACAGUCGCAGAACUCGCAAAGCAAUGCCUCAAGUUGAGUAGUGCAGAAAGACCAACAAUGGAAGAAGUGGCCCGAGAGUUAAAGAGGCUGUCACUCCUGUCAGACACGUAUCUUACGGUUCAUGUUAGUUAAUUUUCAACCAUCAUGACACUGAAAAUCUUCUCUUCUCCUAGCUGCUAGGGAUUUGUAUAUCAGGAAACAGGGCAAAUAUGUCAUUGUCCUUUCAUAUAUAUGUUUGCUUCUAAUAUGUACUACACUUAUUUUAGCUCGAUUUCUUUAUCCGAGUAGGUUGGUAAA